UCAAAUAAAUUGAAACUGCACACGAAAAAAGCAGCGUUCUACAGUUUCGUAGUUUUCAAAAAAAAUUAUUAUUUACACAUUUCUAUUUGAAAUUGUCGAAUGCAAUUGUAAAUCGCUUAGCAUUAACGCUAUUAAGAAGUGGUGCGCUACACAGUGUAAUCAAAGAAAUAAAAGUGGACUGUGAAAAGUGCGCCUUUUUCCGCAAUAUUCAAUUUGCCUAAAUGGUGGCCGUGACUUUAUGUGUUUUUUAAUAUUACUCUGAAAAAGUUGAUAAAGCCAAAUACAUUGUUGUUAACUAUGGAUUCAGUGGACAAAGAUUUACUCGACAACAUCAUUAUGGACAUAGACGAAAUACCACUCACUGAAAAUGAUAAAACAAUGAUCAAGCAUGAGACAUCGGAUGACGAUCUCGAAGAAAUCUUAUCAUCACCAACAAAUGAGUACGGUGGCUUGAAAACCGAAGCAAAAUCGAUUGUACCGAUGACUCUGACGAAAAUCGCUCCGAAGCCAAUCAGCACCACGAAAGCAGUCCCGGGCCAAAUCGUUGUCAUACAGAGGCCUGGUGGAACUACACAACAGAUUCGAAUCGCAGGUACAUCAAAUACACCGUCGUCGAGUGGACCCAUCAAGCUCAUCAAAACAGCCGAUGGAAAGCUGUUACGCAUUAGUUCGACCAAAAAGCCGACCACUCCAACAUCAGCCAAUUCAUCGGUUCAGGUGAAACGAGUUAUUUCGAAAAACAGUGCCGGACAAAUCAUAACUACGAGUGCACAAUCUGUCGGAGCAAAUGCGUCAUCAACACCGACCGGAGUCAAAAGGACGUUUACCGUUGCCCAAGCACAACAAAUGGGACUAAUUUCUUCAUCCAAGUUGAAAGAACUUGUUUCGCAAGCCACUGCCCAAAAACAAGGGAAAAUCAACACGCCAUUGUCACCAGAAAACAACCGACCAACAACGACUAUAUCUCCAACCGGCAAGGUUGUAACGCAAAAAGUUAUCAUCCAGACACCAUCUGGCGAACAAAAGCAAGUGUCGUUGCCACCCAAUCUGAUAAAGCUUGCACAGAGCGGUCAAAUAAAGGCGGUCAAUGUAGCUGGAAAGGGUAUCCAAUAUGUACGUGUCAUGGGUUCCAAUUCAUCUGCAACAUCGUCGCCAACGAAACCAUCACAACAAACUGUCACAAAAGCACCGCCAAAGGUUUUUGUACACAACAAGGGCGCACCGAAUCAAAAUUCGAGACCGUCACUCGUCCAAACUUCAAAGCCGACAACGGUUGGUCUAGCUAUCGGAAGCAAUGUUGUGAGGACAAAUAAUGCCAAGGACUCGUUCAAAACGGUUGGUGCGGGUCAGAGAUUUUCAGCUGGACAGCCAUCUACCUCUAAGGCUGUUUUGAUAAAGGAAGAAGAUUCAGCAACUGAGGAUCGUACACAUUUUGUGUUGGUUACCAAGCCGAAAUUCAUCAAAGUCGAAGGUGGAAAUGACAGUGCACAACCAGCUUCACCGAGGAAAACACAAAAUGUUACGCUCGAAGCGGAAGAGGAUGACGAUGUUGCGCUAAUGAAAAGUUCUCAGUCAUCCGAUGAAGGCAUUCGACGCAAACACUGUAACUGCAACAAGUCGAUGUGCUUGAAGUUGUACUGUGACUGUUUCGCAAACGGAGAGUUCUGCUUUAAUUGUAACUGCAAGGAAUGCUUCAAUAAUUUGGAGAAUGAAGAGGAACGACAGCGAGCUAUUCGCAUCUGCUUGGAACGUAAUCCAGCUGCGUUUAAACCAAAGAUCGGUAAGGCUCGCGAUCAAUUGGACAGUGCUAAUCGAAAACACACCAAGGGUUGCAACUGCAAACGUUCGGGAUGCCUUAAGAACUACUGCGAAUGCUACGAAGCGAAAAUCGCAUGCUCUGACAACUGCAAGUGUGUCGGAUGUCGUAACAUUGACAUGGAUGAGUCAAUGUACGAAAACAAUGCUUCAGCAAAAUUGAACAAUUCAUUCGAUAAAUCGUUUAUCGAGCGCACCACAGCCGAAAAUCGUUUGCUACGUGAAAUGACACCGCCAUCGACGACCGCUGGAAUUGGCAAACGAUCUUGCAAUUUUAUGACGUCCGACGUUAUUGAAGCUACCAUUCAGUGUGUCAUCGCGCAGGCCGAAGAAUGUCAAAAGACUAAAAUGGACCCGACAACAGCGGAGAAAAUGAUUUUGGAGGAGUUUGGACGGUGCCUGGUGGAAAUCAAUGAAUUUUCGAAUAAGAGCGGCUCGAAUUGAGGAAGGAAAAAACUGAAGCAUGUUGUGGAUUGGUAGUAGUGGCAAUAGGCUUAUAGUUUGUUAAUAGCAUUUAAGUUGGAAGAUUAACUAAGUGUGGCAAUAAAAGUAAACGGCGAAAUCGUUUGGGUUUCAAUUGAAAA